UGACCCGCCUUCCUUUCUAGCAGCUAAAAGCCGACGCUCUGCCAUAUUGUUGUGAGACUCUCCGCCAGCGGUGACGUGCAAGCUUUGGAUCGGUUUACCGGCCAGUUCACCAAGGCUCCCUAGAGCUCGGCGUGUGAACGUUCCUGUUAACCGAUAGCGAAACCCGCCGGCCCCGCCACACGCUCUCGUACGACUCGUCAAUUUCCUCUGCACUUCGUGCUCGCAAUAAUAUCGCAUGUCCUCUAUUCAGAACCUCAACUCUUUCGACCCCUUUGCUGAUGCAACUAAGGGUGACGACUUACUCCCGGCAGGGACUGAGGAUUAUAUUCAUAUAAGAAUUCAGCAACGAAACGGCAGAAAGACUCUGACCACAGUGCAAGGCAUUGCAGAUGACUACGACAAAAAAAAGCUUGUAAAAGCUUUUAAGAAGAAAUUUGCUUGUAAUGGUACUGUAAUUGAACACCCAGAAUACGGUGAGGUGAUCCAACUCCAGGGUGAUCAGAGAAAAAACAUCUGUCAAUUUCUUAUGGAAAUUGGCAUUGUUAAAGAAGAGCAGUUGAAAGUCCAUGGUUUCUGAAAUGUGGAUAACCUAAUCCCCUGUAUUGGCAGUGCUGGCUUGUUUUGUGGAAUACGAAUAUCUGCAGUACAAGGACUUUUAAGAUGUUUGAACAUUCAAGACUAGGUCCUUUUUUGCAUGAUUACCAAAAGUGUGUAAUAAGUAGGCUAGUAACGCACAAAAAAAUUUCUGUUAGAUGGUGAAUUUUAGCACACUUCCAAUGGAAGUGUUUUAGUGAAGAGUUGUCACUUUUUUCACUUGAUUUGAUGUUUUUUUGUUUUGUUGUAUUAAACAUGUAAGUUGCUGCCUA